AUGAGGGGCACCCUGUCUGCCCUGGCCAUCACAGCUGUACAAUCCCUGAACUGCAUCCAGAGCAAUUCAUUUACCAACUCCUACAUCAACGUCAGUGCGUCUGAGUGUCCUCUGAAUGCCAGCACCAGCUGCCUCAGCUCCUGGGCCAACUCCUCUCUAGGACAAAUGUCACCUUGUACCAGGACAUGCUCGGUGGCCAACUGCAGUGGGGAGACGGAUUCACUUCUCCCCUUCACUGUCCACAUGUCUGAUGGAGAUCGCUUCAAUUUCAGAAGCCAGUGCUGCCAAGGGAAGAUGUGCAAUGCCACCAGCGAUACCCUGGAUCCUCCACCAGAAGAUCUUUCCAACACAGAGUGCCUUGCUUUCCAGGCCUACAUCACAUCCUGUGUGGAGAAACCCCAGAAAUGUUACAGAGAAGAGUGAUGCAACUAUCUCGUUGCCCAGUUUAAUCACGGAGGUGCCGGCGGCUGCUGA